AUGAAUAAUCCAGAGCUACAGGCGCAGUACGUUGAGUUCAUUCAGUACGAGGCUCUCGGCCAUUGUCGGGAGAUUUUUGAGGCCAAUGAUCCACCUGACCAGCAGAAGUAUUAUUCCUCAUCACGCUGUAUUGCGUCCAUCCAGCUCGAGCACGAAGUGUCGGGAUUGAUCUCUCCAGUAAUUGUUUUGGCAAAACUCCUGGUUCAACGACUGUGGCAACUUAAGAUCGGAUGGGACGAUCCGGUCGAUGAAGACACAGCGCGACAGUGGAAUGAACUGCAAGUCUCGAUAUCUUUGCUAGCACACAUCGCCAUUCCAAGAUGCGUCACCUUUGAAGGAACCAUUGCUCACGAGCUGCAUGGCUUUUCUGACGCCUCCACCGUGGCAUAUGGGGCUUGUAUCUACCUGCGUAGCCUAUUUGCCGACGGUUCAGCCAAGCUGCGUCUACUUACCAGUAAGUCAAAGGUGGCUCCUUUGGAGGAACUUUCAAUCCCUCGCAAAGAGUUAUGCGCCGUGCGGCUAUUGACGCGAUUGUUAGUAAAAGUGAUACCUGCCUUGGAUAUGGAACUCCGAAAGAUUGUGCUUUGGUGUGACAGCGCAAUUGUCCUGGCUUGGAUCAAGAAGCCGCUCAACCAACUCCAGUCGUAUGUCCGGAAUCGAAUCGCCAUAAUCCAACAACACACUAGUGGAUACCGCUGGGAAUACGUUCGAUCGCAGCAGAACCCAGCCGACACCGUUUCUCGUGGUCAGCUACCAGAGGGUUUGAAAGACAACAACCUUUGGUGGAACGGCCCCGAGUUUUUCCAGCUAGUGGAAUACGAUACCGAUAUACCCGAAGAAAUUCUCGAACUUCCCGAAUUGAAAGAGCCAGUCGUCAUUGCAGCUGUGAAUGUUGUACCAUUUCCGUUUUUCUCCAGAUACAGUAGCUUCCGUAAGAUCCAACGUGUCAUGAGCUACAUCCUGCGAUUCAUUGCCAACUGUCGAAUCAAGGUCCCGACCUCACGAGAGAAAAAUCCUCAUCAAACCAUCUCUGAACUGCGCUCGGCUACCGAAGCUAUCAUACGCGUGGUUCAACAAGUUCACCUGGCUGACGAAAUUCAUCGAGUCAUCAACAAUGAACCCUGCAAGAAGUUGGCAAAUUUGCGUCCUGUUUUCACCAAGGGCUUACUUCGUGUGGCUGGUCGAUUGGACCGCUCCCAUCUACCGUUUGAAAGCCGCCAUCCCAUCAUCUUACCGGACAAGGACCUGGUAGUACGCCUUCUAAUCUGGCAAAUGCACAUCAAACAGCUUCACGUCGGGCAGUCUGGAUUGAUGAACGCCAUGAGACAACGCUACUGGCUUUUGAACGCUCGAUCAACAAUUUGGCAGAUUACACGCAAGUGUAUCAGAUGCUUCCGGAUUAACCCAACCAACACAACUCAACUAAUGGGGAACUUGCCAGUAUCAAGAGUGGUACCGUCGCCCCCAUUCGCAAUCACCGGUGUGGACUAUGCUGGCCCGUUUUUAAUAAAACAAGGUGGACGCCGUCCGACCCUGGUCAAAGCUUACGUGGCUGUCUUCGUGUGCAUGACAACCAAGGCCGUGCAUUUAGAGGUGGUUCCCGACUUAAGCACGGAUGCUUUCUUGGCGUCGUUGAAGCGUUUCAUAGGCCGUCAGCAGUCUGUGGAUACCAUUAGAGAUUUUUGUUCGUCGCGUGAAAUUGAGUGGCAUUUCAUCCCGCCGGACGCACAAGAAUUCGGCGGGCUUUGGAAAGCUGCAGUUAAAUCCGCAAAUACACACCUGAAGCGCAUCAUCGGGAACGGUAGGCUGACGUUCGAAGAACUAACUACUGUUAUGGUUGAGAUCGAGGCUGUGAUGAACUCUCGACCACUUUUCUCAAUCUCCAACGAUCCAGCAGAUCCAACGGUUAUCACACCUGCCCACUAUUUGAUUGGACGCUCUCUUACUGCCAUCCCAGAACCGUCUCUGGAGGACAUCAAGGCAACCCGCCUUACACGAUGGCAGUACCUACAACUGUUGCGGGAGCAUUUUUGGCGAGCGUAG